AUGCAGGGUAUUCAGUUCUACUCUGAUGAUCUGAAUGCAGAACAAAUAAAAAUGCAUGAUCCAAUAGAACGAACGGAAGCAGUGGGGAAUCCAGCAUUGAAGCCUUAUAAAAAGAAACGGAGUGCAGUAAAACCAGGCACAGAUGUGCUAGCGAAACCAUACGAGGAGCCAAAAGAUGGUAAAGUACAAGUACAAGUUCGAGAAGGUAGGGUGAUACUACAACCACCACAACCUGAAGUGAAAAGACAGAAAAGGUCACGGGGCGGCCGGAAAUCUAAACAAAAAGAGUUGGAAAAUAAGAACAAAAUAAGGGGAAAGAAGAGUAAAGAAGGACCACUUGUGAAGAAGAAGGAAAAGAGCAGAGAAGACAUCGUUAUUGCUGUGAAGGCUCAAGAAAAACCGAAAGAACCAGCUGAAGAUCCUGAAGAUGGUGAAUACGAAUUUGUAAUCCCUAUAAAGAAGGAUGUCAAAGCCUCAAAAUCAAUGAGUUGGGAGAAACCAACGGAAGACAUCGAACAACAGCCAAGUAAAGGAAAACAAGAAACGAAGAAAAACUCCAAGAUGCCAGAAAAGAAGCCGAAGACGAUAGAAGUCGGCGAAAGGGGCGAAAGGGAAAUUCUAAACGAUGUCAAGGGUUAA